CUGCAAGACUCGAGAACACUACCCUAACCCACUCCAUCCGUAGAUAUUCCUUUGAUACAAACGAUUACGAUGCAAUUAAUUGUUUCAAUUACUCCCUUACUUCCCAUCGGACCACUUGCUCCAGCAUCUUCCCAAUCGGGACGUAACCAACCAAUCACACCGCAGCCCAGGCAGCUGUCACAAGCUCCCCACAAUGAUGCAACCAAGCAAGUUGAGUGAGCCUCAUAUUUCGUCAUGACUUCUUCACCUCCAGCACUCAACAAGGUGCCAACUUACGUUUUCUAGGCCGCAAAAUGCAAGCCGACGGCAUGAAUAAAAGAGGUCAAUGGCUCCCAGCUCAUCCAGUAGAGCCGGCCCUUAUGCAAUCUCGUGCUUCGAUGAAAACACUGAGACGUCAUGAUCUCACUGUUUGUACGAGGCAUCUCUCACCAUAAGAAGCUGCUGCUGUCUGGCGUAGUAUUGAGAGCUAGUGUUUCUUCACUUCAUCGACCUCAACACUUAGGACUUUGUGCUAUACCAUCGAUAUACAACCAAAAGCAGUCCUCUAGUUCUAGAUUAUUAAACCCAAUACAAACCAUCAGAAUGUCAUCCACCAACAACCGCAACGAGCCCUUCUCCCGAAACAAGCUCUUCGACCUCAAAGGCCACGUCGCCCUAGUCACCGGCGGCGGUUCCGGAAUCGGGUUAAUGGCAACCCAAGCCCUCGUCGCCAACGGGGCUAAAGUCUACAUCACUGGCCGGACCAAGGAGAAGCUAGACCGAGUCGUAGAAACGUACUCCCAAGGCCAAGGGUCCAUCAUACCCAUCACAUGCGAUGUAACCGACAAACAGCAAAUCAGCAAUCUAGUCAAAGAAGUCUCUUCCAAGGAAGAAUGUCUCUGCAUCCUAAUCAACAACGCCGGGAUCUCCGGCUCAACUCUACAAACUGAAGCUUCCUCCGCGAAGGAAAUGAAAGAGAACCUAUUCGACAGCAAGAAAUCUACAGUUGAAGAUUGGGUUGAUGUAUACCGGACCAACGUCGCGCAGAUCUAUUUCGCGACCACGGCAUUCCUCCCACUGUUGCAGAUGUCCGGGCAAAAAUUCCCCGGAUGGUCCGGGACGGUGAUUAAUAUCACAUCGAUUAGCGGGUUAGUGAAAACGGCGCAGCACCAUUUCGCGUAUAACGCGUCGAAGGGCGCCGCGGCGCAUUUGACGCGGAUGUUGGCGAGUGAGAUUGCGGCGAAUGAGUUGAAGAUUAGGGUUAAUUCGAUUGCGCCGGGUGUAUUUCCUAGUGAGAUGACGACGGAAGGAAGCAACGAAGACCAGAAGAGCCAUAUCGAAAAAGAAAAGUAUGCGAGCAAGGUACCAGCAGGCCGUCCCGGCAAAGACGACGACAUGGCGCAGUCGGUACUAUUUUUCGCCGCAAACCAGUACCUCAAUGGCCAAAAUCUGGCCGUCGACGGUGGGUAUACUCUUGCAGCUGGAGAGUAAAUGAAACCGUCAUCGACAGUAAUGGCUAGAAGGUUCUAGAAUUCCUAACACGGUGUUCAACUUGAGUACGUGUAAGUACCACACGAGGUAAACACAGGAACGCGUAAACAAGGUAACCGAAAGGGAAUAUUGGGCGUAUGGGCAAGUUGGUCACAUGCAUGCGUCUGUGUCAAUUGACUCAAUUGAACGGCGAUAAUGGUGAAUUUAGCAUAGACAAAAAUCGAAUUGAUAGCCAACCCAAUCCAUCAAAUCCGACCAUCAAGGUUCGAAUUUUGUUCAAUUUUUCGCCAAGAGAGUGGCGUUGCGUCUUGCUAUCGCAUUGAGCUUAUCUGACCCCAAGUAGAUCCGAUCGGGAUCUACUACGACGCAAUAGCGAGGCAUUAAUAUACCUUAACCAUGACAUCAGAAUGAGAGUUCGCACUCAUAUGCU